CAAGUGAUCGCGGGGGAGUUUGAGUCACCGCGCGCUCAUUAGACCGGCGGCGGUAACACUUACGGAUGUUCAGAUGCAUCUGCUCGACGGCUUUCUGAUCGAAAUCGCAAAAAAUUCCCCAGGAAAUUAGGAAACCAUGAAGCUUCGUCUGCGUUCCAUGGACCAGCGCGGCGGCGCCGGCGCCGUCGCCGAGACCCACCGCGUGCAGCUGCCUGACACGGCCACGCUCUCCGACGUGAAGGCUUUCCUCGCCACCAAGCUGUCCGCGGCGCAGCCCGUGCCCGCCGAGUCCGUGCGCCUCACACUCAACCGCUCCGAGGAGCUCCUCGCCCCCGACCCCUCCGCUGCCCUCCCGGCCUUCGGCGUCGCUUCUGGUGACCUCCUCCACUUCACGCUCUCUCCACUCCCAUCGCCCUUGCCUCCGCCCUCCCAGCCCCAGCCCCAGUCCCAGCCCCUGCACCGUAACCCUAACGCUAACCCUAGCCCUGUUGUUCCCUCGAUCGCGAGAGCUGUUGGCUCGACCAAAUCUCCUGUGGAACCUGAUGCCCCCUCGCUUGCGAGGGCUUUUGACGCGAUCAAAUCUCCCGUGGAUUCUGGUAGCUCCUCGUCGCUGCCGCAGGCCUCAUACCUGAAGCCUGGCUUACCUUCCGCAUCUGACCCACAUCAUCCGGUACCACCGGAUGUGGUGAUGGCGGAUGCCUUCGCUGCGACCAGGAGCACGCCAAGUUUCGUCGUCAAGGCAAUCAAGAGAGAGAUCGAGAAUGCGGGCGGUGCAGGUGGAUCCAUCAUCUACCGCCUUGCUGUGGCGCUGCACGCGGCCUUACUCGAUUCUGGCUUCCUCUCUGCAAACCCGGUGGGGUCUCGCCUUCAGAUGCCACAGGACUGGGGUUCAGGUUCUUUUAUCCCCAUAUCAAUGAAGUAUACCGUGCCAGAGCUUGUAGAAGCGUUACCUGUAGUUGAGGGGAUGGUGGCAGUGAUGAGCUACUCCUUGAUGGGGAAUUUUAUGAUUGUAUAUGGGCAUGUGCCUGGGGCACCAUCAGAGGUGCGAAGGUUGUGCUUGGAGCUGCCGGAGCUUGUGCCUUUGUUGUACUUGGAUAGUGAUGAGGUGUGUGCAACAGAGGAGAGGGAGAUUAAUCAGCUGUGGAGGGUGCUGAAGGAUGAGAUGUGCCUGCCUCUGAUGAUAUUGUUGUGUCGACUGAACAAUUUGAGCUUGCCACCAUGCUUGAUGGCACUGCCAGGUGAUGUCAAGGUGAAGAUCCUGGAUUUUAUUCCAGGGGUGGAUAUUGCUAGGGUUCAGUGUACGUGUAAGGAAUUGAGGGAUCUUGCUGCAGAUGAUAAUCUUUGGAUGAAGAAGUGUGAGAUGGAGUUCAAAGCUCAAGGGGAGGGUUCUCGGGUGGGCAGGACUUGGAAGGAAAGGUUUGGGGCAGCCUGGAAGGUUUCUACCAAUAAGCGCCCGAAGACAACCAGGCCGAGGUUUUCGAACUAUAGACGGGGUUACUAUCCUUAUAGUCCACAUGUCUUUCCGGUGAUUGGCGGGGAUACAGACAGGCUCCCGUUUUUCGGGCAUCGCAAUCCUCUUGGGCGCACCUUUGGAAAUCAGCGCAGGAACAUCUCACCCAGCUGCAAUUUUAGUGGACAUGGUCACAACUUUCUUGGUUAAGUCAUUUUGUGGGUUUUGCUACUAUGUUAAGAAUAUUUCAUCUGAGAAGCUACAUAUAAUAUGUUGUACAUAUUUUAAAGUUGGUACUUUAUGCAUGUUCACUGUAUUCAUAAUAUUUUAUCUCCUCCCCCCACCCCACCCGCGUGGUAUAGCCUGUAUUUACUUAUGGUGCCAGUGUAGUGCUAAUCAUGGCAAAAUAUUUUUUUAUUCCCUGAACACCGAGUUAACUGGGUUUAUGAGUGAAUUUGUGAAUAUAUAUAUAUCUUUAAGCUUCAUUAU